AUGAUUCGCCUAUUUCUCCUGCUCCCAUUGGUUCUCGCACAGUACACACGGACGAUCCAAGUAGGAUUGAUGUUCUCGAAGGACGUCUCGACCACCAUGCGGUCCAUCGGCUACCGUACUUCCGCUUCUGCCGUUUUGGUGGCCAGGGAUCGAAUACGAUCGGAACAUUUGUUGGACAGCUACGAUUUCAAGUGAGUAAAUCGGCGCAAAAGUGGAGAGUCUGAUGAAUUACAGCUUCACCGUCAAAUUCGACGAGUGCUCCGAGAGCCAGGCAGCCGGAAAAGCCGUCGAGCUCAUCACCACCGACAACGUUGAUGUGAUCGUCGGUCCGACAUGCAACCGAGCGGGCGUGGCAGUCGCUGGAUUGGCAGCAUUCUACAACAUUCCAGUAUUCCAAUGGGGUCUCACCACGACUGCCGACAUCGGAAACUUCACAAGAUACCCGACUACGGUCACGCUUUCGUUGGAUACUCACAGGUGAUUUUCAUCCUCCAACGCAUCAAUCAAUAAAACUGUCUUUUUCUAAGCAUGGCACUCGCAGUGAGACAAGUUCUGCAAACGUUCGAUUGGGAGGAAUUCGUGUUCAUUUACUCAAAUGAUGGAGACGAAGAAAAGUGUGCGGCCAUGAAAGACGAUAUGGAAGUGAGUGAAUAUGAGUACAGUAGAGUAAAGUGUUUGCAUGUGCUUGCAGAAAAUGUCAGUGGAGAACGCUGACAUCACCUUGGCCUACAUGUACCAAAUUCAAACUGUCACGCUGGAUUCGUUGAACAAAGCACUGAAGGAGAUUGCGAAGAGGGGAAGAAGUACGGUAGUUUGGCAUCUGAAUUCCAUCACUCACAGCUUCUGUUUUCCAGUUGUGGUCACGUGUUUCGCCGGCGGAAAAGGCUUCAAAAAGGCAUUCGUGGCUUCUACGCUGCUCGCCGGAAUGGCAACAAAUGAAUACGUUUACAUAUUUGCCGAUCCGCAGUCCCGAGGCUUUUGUGGGUGAUCUUCUGUGGCUCUGGAGUUUAGGAGUACAGAUUCAGAUGUGGAUGAGACUGAAGGAGGUAUGCAUUACUCUUGGGAGGACACCGAUGGCUCUUUGGUGACUGGUCUGAGUAGUGAGGAUAUUCGAGCUGCCUAUGGAAGGAUACUCUACAUUUGUGAUGUACGGACUUAAAGAGUUUCAAAGAAUAUUGACAAGUUUUCAGAAUAUGGGCGAACCUGCGACCCCCACAGAACAGUUCUCAAACUUCACAAGUCAAGUGAUCAGACGAAUGUCCGAGCAGCCAUUCAAUUGUGUUCAGGAUUGCGCCAACUCAACUUACAAAGUGGUUAGACAAAUUACGAUUAUCCAUCUACCGUACCACUUCCAGGCCGCCACGUACAGUGGUCAACUUUUCGACGCGUUCUAUUCAUACGCCGUCGCUCUGAACACGUCGAUGGCAAUGGAUCCGACGACGACGAACCUGAAGAAUGGCUCUUUGAUUUUGAGUAACAUUGCGAUGACGUUCACAGGCGUGGGCGGGGGCUCUGUGACAUUGGAUGACACCGGCAGUAGGGUUGUUCAAGUCUACAUGUAUGCCAUGAACACUUCAAUGUUACCGUACCUCGCAGCCGCGCUUCUCGUCAAUGGCACGAAUGUUGUGAGUGAUCUUUCUGGCAAGACGCCUUUACUUGCUCUCCUUUCCAGACAUACACACCCUACUACACAAACGAAUCAGUUCUCUGGAAAGGCGGUUCGAAGCCGCUAUCUAAGCCGGUCUGCGGAUUCACAGGCCUCGAAUGCCCGCCUGACUUUGUCAAGGACUAUCUCGUGUACGUUAUCAUCGCAGCUAUUGUAGUGACUGCGGCAAUGUUUGCUGGAUGUGCGGGACUUUUAUAUACUGUUCAGUGAGUUCGGAAUGUUGAAGUAGCACUUCUAUUUAAGAGUUCUGGAUUUCAGUAUGAAAAAGAAAGAGAUGGAGCGUCAAGAUCUGCUCUGGCAAGUUGCGUUCAUCGAACUCCAACAAGUGCAGUCCAAGUCGAAGGCCGAAGCGAGUUUGCAUUCGUUCGCCAGCGGACCGUCCACCUCGACCAAACUGACUAUUGAGAGUCGCUCCGAAACCACCAACUUCAUAUUCUACUAUCACCAGCAGGACAUCGUCGCCGCUAUGAAACACGACGUCAUUUUGUUCUUCGAUCAGGAACAAAAGGCCGAGUUCAGACAGAUGAGAAACUUCGACAACGACAACUUGAACAAGUUCAUCGGUCUCUGUCUGGACGGUCCUCAGCUCUUGUCCCUUUGGCGCUUCUGCUCACGUGGCUCCCUUGCCGACGUCAUCAGCAAGAGCUCCAUGCAGAUGGACAGCUUCUUCAUGUUCUCUCUGAUUCGGGACAUCUCCAACGGCCUCGCCUUCAUUCAUAACUCUUUCCUCAAGCACCACGGACAUCUAACUUCCCGUUGCUGUCUGAUUGACGACCGAUGGCAGAUCAAAAUAUCCGGUUAUGGGCUGAAAUCGGUUAGAACUUUCGACAAUCCUAAGAAGGACGAUCUUCUGUGGACCUCGCCGGAGCACUUGAGAAGUGAGAGCAGGGAACGGAGCCCGGAAGGAGACAUCUACAGUUUUGGAAUCAUUUGCGCUGAAAUUCUCACUAGAAGUUCGGCGUUUGAUUUGGAAAACCGAAAGGAGAAGCCAGACGUCAUCAUUUAUCAGGUGAAGAAAGGAGGUCACAAUCCGAUGAGACCAUCUCUGGAAACCGGCGAAACUGUGGAGAUCAACCCGGCACUGGUAAACUCUUCUCGUCUUUCAAUCGUUAGUCUAUUUCCUUCUUUGAGCUGCAUCUUGUGAGGGACAUGUGGACAGAGCGGCCAUCAGAACGACCGACGAUCGAGCAAGUUAGAAAUCACUUGAACGGAAUGAGGGACGGAAGAAAGGCGAAUCUGAUGGACCACGUCUUCAACAUGCUGGAGACGUACGCGUCGACACUGGAGGAAGAGGUGUCGGACCGAACGAAAGAGCUUGUGGAAGAGAAGAAGAAGUCAGACGUGCUGUUGUACAGAAUGUUGCCAAAGUGAGUUUAAGUUGAAUCGAGAACAGGCUGGAUAGUUCGAUUUUCAGAAUGGUAGCUGAGAAACUGAAGUUGGGACAAGCCGUGGAGCCGGAGACUUUCGAGCAAGUCACAAUAUUCUUCUCCGACGUCGUCCAGUUCACCACUCUGGCAAGCAAGUGCACUCCUCUGCAAGUGGUCACUCUUCUCAACGAUCUCUACACUGUAUUCGAUAGCAUCAUUGAGCAGAAUGAUGUGUACAAGGUCUCGAGAAUCCGGUUCGAAUCGGACAAACUAUGAAUGUUUCAGGUGGAAACGAUUGGCGAUGGAUAUCUUUGUGUCUCUGGGCUGCCGCAUCGAAACGGAAAUGAGCACAUCCGACACAUUGCCCGAAUGGCUCUCGGCUUCCUUUCCAGUCUGCAGUACUUUAGAGUCCAACAUCUUCCAGCGGAACGGAUCAAUUUGAGAAUCGGUAUCAACUGCGGUGAGAGCCCAGUGUCUAGCUCGUUUUGAUUUUAUUCAUUUCAGGAUCGGUGGUGGCUGGAGUCGUCGGAUUGACAAUGCCCAGAUAUUGUCUGUUCGGAGAUGCGGUCAACACGGCCAGUCGGAUGGAGAGCAACGGAAAACGUACUUCGACCUAUUCCUCUUAAUCCACAAUUCCCCAAUAAUUUUCAGCCGGCCAAAUUCACGUUACCGCAGAAGCGAACAAAAUGCUGACGCUAGUGGUUGGCGGAUUCCGAACCGAAUCGCGCGGAGAAGUGAUAAUCAAGGGAAAAGGAGUGAUGGAGACAUUUUGGCUGCUUGGCGAAGAGGCCGGAAUCAGUGUGUCCGCACAGGCUCCGAAAAUGAAACCGGUACUAGGGAUGACUGUAGGGCGGUAAAAUUGUGUUGUUGCAGGAAGCAAGAGCGCCGUCCGAGCGAAGCAUUUCGCCUAUCAUUGAAAAGCAGUCUGAGAAAGAUGACAAAGAAUCGAUGAGGGGACUAUACACCGAGUUUAAGGGCCAGAAUAAUGUGAAUGUCUAA